CUUGCCAAUGUCCAGACACUGAAAAAGGAGCCUUGCAGAAAGCUAGAGGGAUACACGGGUCCUGAAGAUUCUAGUAUACACUCAGAACUGAAUCAAAGAAGCUAUAGUCUUGAGAAGGAUCUUCGAAGUGAGAAAAGAUUUGGCUGUAACUGAAACCAAAAUGUCCUGCAUAGAUCCCUAUCAGCACAUUAUAGUGGAGCAUCAGUAUUCACACAAGUUCACGGUGAAUGUGUUAAGGGCCACGAAAGUGACAAAAGGUGCCUUUGGUGAUAUGCUUGACACUCCAGAUCCCUAUGUGGAACUUUUCAUCUCCUCAACUCCUGAUAGCAGAAAACGGACAAGACACUUCAAUAAUGAUGUGAACCCUGUGUGGAAUGAAACUUUUGAAUUUAUCUUGGACCCUAAUCAGGAAAACAUUUUGGAGAUCACUUUAAUGGAUGCCAAUUAUGUCAUGGAUGAGACACUAGGCACAGCAACAUUUCCUAUUUCUUCUAUGAAAGUGGGGGAGAAGAAAGAAGUUCCAUUUAUUUUUAAUGAAGUCACUGAAAUGAUUUUGGAAGUAGCCCUUGAAGUCUGCUCUUCUCCUGACCUUCGAUUUAGUAUGGCUCUGUGUGAUCAGGAAAAAAUCUUUCGACAACAGCGAAAAGAAAAUAUCAAGGAGAGUAUGAAGAAACUCCUGGGCCCAAAGAAGAGUGAAGGCCUGUGCUCAGCACGUGAUGUGCCAGUGAUUGCUGUGCUGGGCUCAGGUGGUGGGUUCCGUGCCAUGGUGGGAUUUUCUGGUGUGAUGAAGGCACUGUAUGAAUCAGGAAUUUUGGAUUGUGCUACAUAUGUUGCUGGUCUUUCUGGCUCUACUUGGUACAUGUCAUCUCUGUAUUCUCAUCCUGAUUUCCCAGAGAAGGGACCAAAGGAAAUUAAUGAAGAGCUAAUGGCCAGUGUCAGCCACAACCCCCUUCUGCUGCUCACACCCCAGAAAGUAAAACGCUAUAUUGAAUCCUUAUGGAAGAAGAAAAGCUCUGGGCAGCCAGUCACUUUUACUGACAUCUUUGGGAUGUUAAUUGGAGAAACCCUAAUCAACAAUAGAAUGAGCAGCACUCUAAGUAGUUUGAAGGAAAAAGUAAAUGAGGCGCAGUGUCCCUUGCCCCUCUUUACCUGUCUCCAUGUGAAACCUGAUGUUUCAGAGUUGAUGUUUGCAGAUUGGGUGGAAUUCAGUCCAUAUGAGAUUGGGAUGGCUAAAUAUGGCACAUUUAUGGCUCCUGAUUUAUUUGGAAGCAAAUUUUUUAUGGGUACAGUUGUGAAAAAAUAUGAAGAAAAUCCCCUUCACUUCUUAAUGGGUGUUUGGGGUAGUGCAUUUUCUAUCCUAUUCAACAGAGUCCUGGGAGUUUCUGGUUCCCAAAAUAAGGGGUCCACCAUGGAAGAAGAAUUAGAAAAUAUUACACCAAAACAUAUUGUGAGUAAUGAUAGUUCAGACAGUGAUGAUGAAUCGCAGGAGCCCAAAGGCACUGAAAAUGCAGAUGCGGAAAAGGAAUAUCAAAAUAAUAACCAAGCAAGUUGGGUUCAGAGGAUGCUAAUGGCCUUGGUGAGUGAUUCAACCUUAUUCAACACUCGAGAGGGACGUGCUGGGAAAGUACAUAACUUCAUGCUGGGCUUGAACCUUAAUACCUCCUAUCCACUAUCUCCUUUGAGAGGCAUCUCUACUCAGGACUCUAUGGAGGAGGAUGAAUUGGAUGCUGCUGUGGCAGAUCCUGAUGAGUUUGAGAGAAUAUAUGAACCCCUAGAUGUCAAAAGUAAAAAGAUCCAUGUGGUCGAUAGUGGGCUCACAUUUAAUCUACCAUAUCCUCUGAUCUUGAGGCCUCAGAGAGGUGUGGAUCUUAUCAUCUCCUUUGAUUUUUCUGCAAGGCCAAGUGACUCCAGUCCUCCUUUUAAGGAAAUUCUGCUUGCUGAAAAAUGGGCUAAAAUGAAUAAGCUUCCCUUUCCCAAAAUCGAUCCUUAUGUGUUUGAUCGAGAAGGUCUGAAGGAAUGUUAUGUCUUCAAACCCAAAAAUCCUGAUGUAGAAAAAGAUUGCCCAACCAUCAUUCAUUUUGUUCUGGCCAAUAUCAACUUCAGGGACUAUAAAGCUCCAGGAAUUCCAAGAGAAACACAGGAAGAGAAAGAUUUUGCUGACUUUGAUAUUUUUGAUGAUCCUGAAUCUCCAUUCUCUACUUUCAAUUUUCAAUAUCCAAAUCAAGCUUUUAAAAGGCUUCAUGAUCUAAUGCACUUCAAUACAAUGAAUAAUAUAGAUGUGAUAAAGAAUGCCAUAUUUGAAAGCAUUGAGUACAGACGACAGAACCCAUCUCGUUGUUCGGUUUCUCUCAGUAACAUUGAGGCACGAAGAUUCUUUAACAAAGACUCCCUAAGCAAACCUUCAGCAUAGGUUGUGUGCUAGAAAGUACAUCCAUUGUCUACGCUUUAAGAGUUUGCAAUCUUAUGACAACUGGAUUUGCCACAGGGCAUCAUUGCUCUAGAAAGCCUGGAUGGAACCAAGUUGAACAGUGAUUUUGCUGCAUGAGAAUGUUGUCUUUCUGAAUUGACAAAUGGCAUUCAUUAUGUGAACACAUACUUAUUCAUGUAUUUCAUCAGUAUAAAUUUCCAAAUGUACUGUAGGAACAUAUAUUGAAUUUUUAAACAUUCCUCACCAGCUGUUUUCUUCACUGUACGAUUUUUUAAAAAAAUGUUCAUUCUUUUUAGAAUAUUUGAGAUGAUUGAUCUCAUGGAGUACUAUUUUACACGGAGUGCAAAUUUUAUCCACUGACUAAAUUUAUCAUUCUGUGAGACAACACUAUUUUUAUUUAUGUAUACAGAAAUGUUAUAGAUGUCUUUAACGAUAUAAAAAUUAUUUUAUGAAUUUUUUAAAAGAUUCAUUGUGUCAGCACUUUGAGUGAACUCAUCCAAUGUUAUUUCUAAGCCUCAGAUUCUCUGCCCCUAAAGCAAGAGAUGAAAAUUGAACAUAAACAACAUUAUUUCACAUUUAUCUAGUGCUUCAUGGCUUACAAAGCACUUUCUUCAUCACAGCCUGAUGGGGAAGGAGGGGAGGGUAUUUUCCUUCUUAUUUUAUGGAUUAGAGAACUGACUCACUGAGCCAGAAUGACUUGCCCUUGGUUACAUAGCUAAGGAGUGUUAGGAUUCAGACUUGGAAUAUGCCAAAUCUGCUCUUCUUUCUUCUACUCCACACUAAUGCCACACCUCUAUAAUCUUCAGACCAUUUAUCUUACGAGUUCCUGAGAUUUGUUUUUAAUAAACAAAUAAUGCAUAUACUCAAAAUGGAAGCAGAAAUGCAGACUCAUUAAAGCAGGUUUAUGUUGCAUGCUUCUCACUACUGUUGCCUUGCCUGUCUAACAAAGGGAACAAGUUUUUUUAAAAAAAAAUUAUUAAUUUAAUUUCUUUUAUUUUGUCUUUUUAUUUGUUUAUUUGUGUUGCAUUUACCCUCAGAAUUAUUUAAGGUGAUGAUAAUGACAGAAGCAAUCUGCUUAUACAGUGGCAGUCCAGCUUUUCCAUUCUCCUCUGCAAUUAUAUAUAUCACAAAGGAUCACUAAAUUUCAUUAUCCCAUUGCUGUUAUUUCUUAUCUCCUGAGCUACAGUAGGCUUGUUAUUUGCAGAAUGUCUUCUUUCUCCAUAUAUUAUUUUCAUUUUUGACUAUAGAGCUUUUAUUUAUUUUUCCUUUCUUUUCAUAUUCCUCCACAUAUUCUGUUUCUCUUGUCUUUAUUUGUAUCUGUUUCUACUUGCUGUUUGCCUACCUACUUUUCUGAAUGUCUGUUUGACUCUGUCUUAUUCUCUUCCUACCUCUCUGCCCCUCGGUCUCUGUCUCUCUUUCCCCAUAGGUUAAGACCUAUAAGGAAUCUCAGAGGUCAUUUACUCCAUUCCUCACCUCUUCCUCCCUUCACCCUAACAAUGAGAGAUGAGGACAUAGAAUCACUUGCCCAAAUUCACAGAGGACUAAAUAGCAGAAUCAAGAUUUAAGUCCAAUUUUCUAACUUCAAAUCUAGUAUUUUCCCCACAUGACCAAACUGUCUUAUGGCUUCCAUUAAAGCAAUUUCCAUUUUUAAAAAACUUUUUUUUUCUUAAAGAUGGUGUCAUUUAAUAUUCACAAUAAUGGGCUUUUGUGGAAGAUAGAGGCAUGGAGGUUUAAGGGAUUCCCUCAAGUUCUCCAAAUUGUCCUGAUGGAAACUAAAUUUUCUGGUUCUCAUUGUUCUUUCAGAUUCUGCAAAAUGCUUUGAUGAAUCAGUUUUAAAAAUUGGAAACUCACCAUUAUCUAUAUAGGCUUAUUAUUCAAUUUCUGAUUUUUUGAGCUCUUUAUUAUAGUUUAAAAACAGAUACUUGUAGCUUCAAGGGAUGGGGUCCCUUGAAGAAUUCAAAAAGUAUGAUGAAGUUUGAGAGGCAUCAAGGCAAAAUAGAUGGAGAGAAAAUUGUAGUUAGAAGACAUGGAUUUAAGUCCUACUCCUGACUGCAUGAUUCUCUUCAAGUCAAAUAACUUCUGGGUGACUCAGACAAUUCUAAGACUAUAUGUUGAUCUAUACUGUUUGAAGAAAUAGUCUCAUCUAGUGUUUGCCAACCCAAUGAGUUGGUAGACUUUUCAAUGUUUAGUCUCGAAACACACCAUGUAAGUUACUACCUUAUCCAAUCAAUCCAUUAACAUUCAUUAAGUGCCCACUAUGCACCAGGCACUGUGCUAAAUGUUCAGGAUACAAAGGGAAGAAAAAUAUAAUUCCUAGGCUCAAGGAGCUUACUAACUACCUUCCCUGCUUCCUUGUAAAGACUAGAUCUGACAGUAGCUUCACUCUCUUGACAACCAUCAAACUCAAGAAAAAGUUUUAUUUGGUUCUGUAAAUUGAUGACUACUCCUGGUUCCGUGUUUGGUAGCAAAGGAAAAUUGCAGGUCAAUGUAGUAACCUUGCAAAUAUUUGUCAUAAACCAUGUAACUUUCUGCAAUCGCAUGUAGCCUUGUAGCAGGAAAACAGUGCAUUGCAAUCAUGAAUUCCUCCUAAUUUCUGCGCCUUUCUUGAUUCUAAUUCUUGUUCCCAGAAUAAAGAAAACAAAAGAAAAAUCAUGCAUUUUGCCUCAACAAAAAAGCCUCAUUUCUUUUUUAAAGUGGGUGACAGGUGACACCUGUCAGAGCUAGGAUUUGAAUCUAAGGACUUAGUUUUGAUUUCAGAUGUGUUCCUUACUAAUUUUGUGAUCUUGGAGAAGAAGAUCUCUCACUAGUUUCCCCUAAAUCUAUGACCCUAUGAUUCUCACAAAGAAACAAUUAAAAAAUCAGCUCAAUUUGACAAGCACUCCCUGAUUUUUCUUUUCUUUUUCUUUUCCACCUCAGUUCCUUCUUUCAUUUUCUGGCUAGGCAAUAAGAUUUAAAGACUACUAUUUGAACUGAAUAUCCUAACCAUUGCUAUGGAGAAAUUUGAAGGAACUUGUACCCAGAGCCCCUGACUGCAAAGAAAUUUUAUAAUAAUGGGGAAGAGAAAUAUUUUUCCUUCACAUAUACAAGAGAUGAAGCACAUAAAAGCAUAAAGAAGUAUCCAACUGCCAGUAGCUAUAUAGUUAUUCAAGCUUUCCCCAAACAUUUAUCAAGCCCCUUUCUUAUGUAGACAGGUAUAUGUUGUAAGAGAGAAAGCUUGAAAUAAUAAAUCCUUCCUUGCUUUUAUGGAUUGAAUGGACUAGGCCUACAGGUAGAACUUUUAGAAUACUUAAAGUGACCAGAAUGAGUGGGUAAGUCUGGGAAGGCUUCAGAAGGAGGUGAGUAUUUUGAGGGAUAAUGAGGGCAAACUAAAUCCUCUCCCUUGUUUUAGCAUCAUCCUGUGGGGCUCAUGGUAGGUGCAAUAAGUAAAUGAGUGAAUGCUCAUAAAUCCCAUUUACUUCAUUCAAACUCUUCUCUUCAUUUGAUGUUUUCCUACAUAUCAAUAAGCAGAGCAUUUUCAAAUCUGUACACACACAUACACAUUAGAUAGACACAUACACAUACACACCCACUGCUCUGAGUGCAAUGCACAUGAUUUGCAAAUAAUGUCACUAUCAGGCUCAAGUACCUGCAUCUUCAUCCCAAUUAGCAUCAUCUACAGCCAGUCAGCACUUUUUAUCUAUCCUUUUUCAAACUAACCAGACUUACAGACACAGACUCAUUCAUCAAAUGGGUUAUUGUUAAUCAGAUGGAUGUGCUCUUAUGUGAAUUAGGGUCACAUUUUUUAAUUGUCGAAAAUGUGCAAGCCCCUGAAAAGUGUUUGCAAUGAAUUUUUCUCCCUAGACAUUGUCUUGAUACUAAAUAAAUCUACCAGGUGAUUAAUAAAUGCCUCAGGUAUUGAUGAAUAGAUUUUUUCCCCCUGUUUGGCUUGUAAACUGUAGAAAACCAAAAGAAAAUAGGGGCAAUUAUCUUAGCACCUGCUCUGUAAAUUGUCACAGUAAAAGUCAAAUGAAAGUUAUAUGCACAAGCCAGAAUCAUAGUAGUGAAUUGCCCCAUUCCUCCCAAUAUGGUGUGCCUACACAAAAAUUAUGUGAUGUCAAAAUGCACAGUUGGAGGUUGGAAAUUUUGCAUAGGUGAGUGCUUAUUCUUGGUUUCAAUAUUGUUUCAUUAGAAAAAAAUUCAGACCAACAUAUAUAUUCUAUUCCAAUUACUCUAGCCCUUUGUUUUCAACAAUAUGCUCAAUGCAUACAGUAUGUAGAGAAAAAAUCAGGACUGAGGAGAUACAAGAUUAAUCAGAAAUCAUUUUUGAUCUCAAGAAACUUAAAAUCUAAUAGGGAAAAAGACCCCCGUAAGUGUUUCCAGUAUAAAGGAGAAUCAAUUAACAAAUAGUGUUCUAGGCAUUGUGUUAUAUGGUGCGUAUAGAAAGUCACAAAACAAAGUUUACAUUCUAUAAUGGUAAAUGCAUAAAAGGCAUAGAAUAAAGUGAUAUCAAUCAGAGUGAGACUUUUAAGAAAAGAACCAUAACUUUAAAUUUUCAGGGCAACAUAGUUUUCAAGAAGAACUUAAGAUCCAAACUGGAUAUUAAAGGUUGGCUAACUUUGGUAGUCAUAGAUGGAAUGCUGAGAGGAGGGCAUUAUAGACAUAGAAGAGUAACGUGAGCAAACUGUGAGAAAGCAUGAGAAAGCAAAGAAUGGAUUUGGCAUAAGGAGGAAAAAAAGAAGUUGGCAAAAAUAACAGAAAUAUUUGAAAUUGUUCUGCCUGGCCCCACACUUUCCUUUUAUUUCUCCAUCUUUUUCUCUCUUUCUUAGUAUACCCCACCUUUGCUGUUUAGGCAUUCAUGUACAUGAAGUUUCUCUCUACUUAGUCUGUGUAUCUUUUCUUUCUGGCUUUGUUUUCAUUAAUCCUCACAUUGGGGCUAUGACAAAGUCCCUUGGCAGUAGUUCUAUUGCAGUAUGUAGUAGUUAUUGAUGAGAAAAAUAGUUUGUCACAAAAUUUUGAAAGAACUUUCUGGGUACUCCCCCUCCUCUUUCCCAACCCAUUUUUCAUUCCUGGUUUUCCUAUUUCCAUCCUUAAAUGCUGCCAUAAUGAUAAUGAUCUGGCCAAUUAUAUAUUUUUGCCAAACUUUCUACAUACUUGCUUCCUUCUUUUCACUUAAUAUUCUUUAAAUGAGUCACUACUGCUCAUAAUCUUACUAUAUUAUUCUGUAAGACUUUACAAAAAGUUUAUAUUCUAAAAUAAAAUUGUUUGUUUCUUGGCAAAGCAAUCAGGUGCUAUUGGCCUAAGGUAUUGUUAGGUUCUUUUGGCCUCCCUGCUGUGGCAAUUAAUUUACAGCUGCCAAACUUUCUUAUGGUAAUCUUUGGAAAUUCUUUUUCCUUUCUCCAUUACCAGUUUUUGUAGCCAUGAAUAUAUCAAUAUCUUGUUUAAAUAAAUCAAGUUGGAAUUGGUUUCAUUUUAUUUUUUCUCAUUUUAAUUUUCUUUUAAUUUGUUGUUUAUUUUAAUCUUCACUCCCACAAAUUUAUGGGACUCUGAAAUAUCUUUAUUUCAGAUACCAGUUGUUUCCUGUAAAAUUGUAAUCACCAUUUUUCUAAAUGUUAUUUGGUACUAAUUAUAGCCAAUACUUCUUAAUUGUUUCUGAAAUAGCCAUGAUUUGUAAGUGGGCAGAGGCUUCUAUGUACUAGAGAAAACUUGGACCUCUUUUUGUUUAUUAAUUUUGAAUCAAAUUGUCAAUAAUUUCCAUUAUUUCCCUAGAACCAUCUUUACUUGAAAUCAACUAAUGUUAAAGUCCAUGUUGAUUUAAUUUCAAGGAGUAGAAUGAGUUCUUCACUAAAUUUUUCUGUAAUUCUGUCUUUAGUAAAUUUUGGCAAAUAAACUGCAAUUAUAUUCA